CACCCGCUCGCGCCCCAGGAGUCCGGGCGUGGAGCGCUGGGGGCUCGGCCGGGAGAAGGGGGCCGCGGCUUUGGCGCUGGGAAACGGAAAGACGCUGCGGGGGGCGGGGUCCUGCCCCACGGAGCCAGAGGGGGCUGACUGAGCGCCAACAGCUCGGGUCGGACUUCACACGGGGGGCGCUGGUAGCAUGUCUGGCUCCGCAGCCUGGCCCCUUACAGAAGAGAGUCUGUGGGGUUCCCUUGGGUGCUCUGCAGCCUCCAUCGUCCUGGCACUAGCUGUCCCCUGGCGUGCUCCUGUUCUGCUGUUUAAUCCUCAAUAUACCGACAAGCCACUAAAGCCCUGAUCUUGCAAACGCUUGAGCGGCUGCUUUAUUUUAGACAGGAGAGUAAAUUUCCUGUCCUUGCCGUCCAUCACGGCACUGUUUGGGCUUUAAAUUAAGCAUGAACAUGUUUGCAGCAUCGGGGACCAGGUGAGGUGUGGAGAAAUCGCAUUGUUCUAAGGCAUUAAAGGAGGCUGGAGUGCUUUAGAGGAGCCAAAUUAACUGGUUGUGUAACCUCAGAGUCUCGUAGUGUUGUACAAUAUACGUUUCUCAGGAUCAGGACUUCUAUGCACUGGUUGGAGAAUAUAUAUUUUUACCCUCUACACAGACAGCAUAAGUAUACAAGACCAUGGAAAGCUUUACAGAUGUACCAAGAAUAAAAGAAAGCUCUGAUAUUGGGCAACAACAGGACAGAGUAGUAACUGAAGAGGAAUGGCUGCAGAAAUGGAAAACGAGACAAAUUGGAUUUCAUAAGGAGCAAGGACAUCCGAUUUUAAGGAAGUAUCUGGAUGUUCUUCUUAAUGGCAGGAAUGGACUCAGGAUAUUUUUUCCACUUUGUGGCAAAGCAGUAGAAAUGAAAUGGUUAGGUGACAUGGGACACUAUGUAGUUGGUGUGGAACUCAGCGAAUGUGCACUGAAGGAAUUUUUCACAGAACACGAUCUUUCUUAUUCUGAAGAAACAAUCCCAGGGAUUUCUGGAGCCAAAGUUUUUAAGAGUACCUCUGGGAACAUUUCUCUGUACUGUUGCAGUAUCUAUGAUUUGUCCAGCACAAUUGUUGGCAGGUUUGAUGGGAUUUGGGACAGAGGAUCUCUAGUAGCCAUUAAUCCAUGUGAUAGAGAACACUAUGCCAAUUUGGUGUUGUCUCUAAUGGAGAGAAGCUGUUGUUAUCUCUUGGUUACUGUUUUGUAUGAUUCAAAUAAACAUAAAGGUCCACCAUUUUAUGUUCCUGAUGCUGAAAUUAAAAGUUUAUUUGGAAAAGUCUGUGAAAUUAAGUGUCUUGAGAAGGUCGAUGACUUCUCGGACCAGCACAAAGCCUGGGGACUAGAUUAUUUUCUGGAGGUAACACAUCUGCUUACCUUAAAGUCUGUUCCUUGAUGAAACAAGAGAGACAAAAUUUAUUAGCAAGGUGGGAAGAAUUAUACUGAUCUCAAUUGGAAAUGAGCUGGUUAUUUGGGAAUUCUGAAACACCUCAGGGUAUGAAAACUGAGUUAUGGAACAUCUUUGUCUUUUGAAGACUUUAUGGUUUCAAAAUCAAUUACACUGUACAUCUGCUUUGACUUACAGUAUCUGUGUUUUAAGAUGCGUAGCACUUAACCACAUUGAAACUCUUUGUAAACAAUCAUUUUAACUUUAUGCCUUUGUCUCCUGUAUUAUUUCAAAUUAUUAAAAUUAAGAAGUCAUAUAUAUAAAGAAAUGACCAUUCUCCAUA